CGGGCUUUCCUUGGCCUACCAGAGGAGCGGAGGGGUUGAGCGUUAAACAGGCUGUGGCUAAGGAGGAGGGGGAGGGGGCGGCUUCUCCGGGACAGUUCUUGCCCGGGUUUUCCUUUAGGUGUGGUUUGGGCCGCACGCACAGUCCCGGCCGCCAACUCGAGACUGCUCCCUUGUGAAACGGGAAAGUAUCACCUGCGGAGAGCGGUCAAAGUUGCGAAGGGGGUGCGAGGCGGGACUCGUGUACCCCCAUGCCAGGCGAAUGGUGCGGCCCUGCGCCGUCCCGGAGCCAGCCCGACGAGUCUGAGGGAGGCCCCAGGGGGGGGCGGAAAGGUGGCCCGCAGAACGCGGGCUCUGUGAGGAGACGUGGGGAAGGAGUGAUUCCGAGAAGAGGAAGAGCCCGACCGAAGGGACAGCGGCCGCUGAGGGGGAGGGGGCUGCCAAGAUGGCGUCGGCCUCCUCUGGGCCGUCGGCGGUCGGAUUCUCAGCUUUGGAUCCCGGGGUCCCGGGGCCGACUUCAGCAGCAGCAUCUGGAAUCAAGAGAUCUGUGGCAUCUGAGGUGCCUUGUGCCACUGGCAUGACCAUCAAGAAAAUAGGCCACCGAAGUGUUGAUUCUUCAGGAGAGACAACAUAUAAAAAGACAACCUCAUCAGCUUUGAAGGGUGCCAUCCAGUUAGGCAUUACUCACACCGUGGGGAGUCUGAGUACCAAGCCAGAGCGGGAUGUCCUCAUGCAAGACUUCUACGUGGUGGAGAGUAUCUUCUUCCCCAGUGAGGGGAGCAACCUGACGCCUGCUCAUCACUACAAUGACUUCCGGUUCAAGACCUAUGCCCCCGUCGCCUUCCGCUACUUUCGGGAACUGUUUGGCAUCCGGCCCGAUGAUUACUUGUACUCCCUCUGCAGUGAGCCACUGAUUGAACUCUGCAACUCUGGGGCUAGUGGUUCCCUCUUCUAUGUGUCCAGCGAUGACGAGUUUAUCAUCAAGACGGUGCAGCAUAAAGAAGCAGAGUUUCUGCAGAAGCUGCUCCCCGGCUACUACAUGAACCUCAACCAGAACCCUCGCACGUUGCUACCUAAAUUCUACGGACUGUACUGUGUGCAGGCAGGGGGCAAGAACAUUCGGAUUGUGGUGAUGAACAAUCUCUUACCUCGGUCGGUCAAGAUGCAUAUCAAGUAUGACCUCAAGGGCUCCACCUACAAACGGCGAGCUUCUCAGAAAGAGCGUGAGAAGCUGCUUCCCACCUUUAAGGACCUGGACUUCCUACAAGACAUGCCCGACGGUCUCUUCUUGGAUGCUGACAUGUACAAUGCUCUGUGUAAGACCCUGCAGCGUGACUGUCUGGUGCUUCAGAGCUUCAAGAUAAUGGAUUACAGUCUCUUGAUGUCAAUCCACAACAUAGAUCAUGCACAGCGAGAGCCCUUGAACAGUGAAACACAGUGCACAGUUGACACGCGGAGACCGACCUCCCAGAAGGCUCUGUACUCCACGGCCAUGGAGUCCAUCCAGGGCGAGGCUCGCCGGGGCGGCACCAUGGAGACCGAUGACCACAUGGGUGGCAUCCCUGCCCGCAAUAAUAAAGGGGAGAGGCUCCUGCUGUAUAUUGGCAUCAUUGAUAUUCUGCAGUCUUACAGGUUUGUUAAGAAGUUGGAGCACUCUUGGAAAGCACUGGUACAUGACGGGGACACUGUAUCAGUGCACCGUCCAGGCUUCUACGCCGAGCGAUUCCAGCGCUUCAUGUGCAGCACAGUGUUCAAGAAGAUCCCCCUGAAGCCCUCUCCUUCCAAAAAGUUUCGGUCUGGCUCAUCUUUCUCUCGGCGAGCAGGCCCCAGCGGCAACGCCUGCGUUACUUACCAGCCGUCGGUCUCUGGGGAGCACAGAGCACAAGUGACAACAAAGGCGGAAGUGGAGCCAGAUGCCCACCUUGGUCGUCCUGAUGUAUUACCUCAGACUCCACCUGUGGAGGAAGUCAGUGAGGACUCCCCUGUUUCUGGCCCUGGUCUCUCACAUGUAGUUGGAGAGACUUUGCAAGUACUAAAUACGAGUUUGGCGUUGGAGAAGCUUGAAAUUACAGAGGAGGAGUUCCCCCACUGAGCGACAAGCCUCAGAAGACCGGAAACAAGACCCUACUGUUUCUGUGAUACCACGUCAGCCCUUGCCCGGGAAUGCUCCGUUUUCUUCUUGGUCAUCAAAAACAAACAAAAAGGAAUUGAAUGUGGAGCUAGGGAGCUCCACCGCCUUCAUGAGGAGGAAGCAGUUCUUCCUCGUCCUCUGAGUGGGUGUUGGUGCCCUGGACAGUUGAGGACAGCAGCAGCCCUUCCACUCCAGAAGCGGCUGGCACGGAGUUCUGCUGGGCCAGCCUCAGCUUCCACGGCUAAGUUUCUUCAGACUCCCAUUGUUUGUACUGGCAGGGCUUGCUGGACUUUGGCUCUCCUGCCGUCGUGCACCUUUCACCAGGAGCUGGACUCUCGUUUCCUCAGGACAGACUGCUGGUACACCAUGAUCCCCUGCUCCCCUCUGGUCGCUGGAGGAAGACCCAGAAUUGUAAAGGGUUUUGGGGGAAUAAGGGUGUUUAACCAUUUCUAUCUCCCUUCUUUUUUCUUUAAAAAGGACAAGAACAAAGAGCACACAGCACAGUUUCAAGCCAGUUUUAAGUCAGAACUCGAAAAGUCAGGUACCUGCCCACAGGGUUCCCACAGAUGAGUCCCGGGGGUUGUGAAACGGAAAUGUGGCAAUUGCUCUGCCGGCAGCAGCUCCUGUCACCUCAUAGGAUGAGGACAUUCUUAAGGCUGCGGGAUGAAAGGAAUGGGACAUGGGGCCAUCUUUGCCCCUUUUGUUAAAACUGGGGCUGCCCUGGGCUAGGAGGUGAGAACUCUUCCCAGACAGGACCACACUCACUGCCAGGCCAUAAUGGUUGCUAAUACUUUGCAGCUUGAAAUGUAUUCUAGUCAUUUUUCUAAAUACGAAGGUUUAUCAGAUGAAUUUUAGACCAUCCUUCCAAGGAAAUUUCUUCUUUGUUCUUCCUGUCUUUUCGAGCAGUGUCCUGCUAUUAGUGGAGCUGAGGUGGACAGAGGCCUGUGUUAGUGAAGCGAGGCAAGGUUCUCUUCAACUCAGGGGAACCAGCAGACACUUGCCUCGGUGACUUCAUGACUGUGCCCGUGCUCUGUUUCUCUCUGUGCAGGGACUUUGAGAGCCCUCUCCUCCUGGUCUGAGUUGUUGGCUGUCCAUCCUAUCGGUCCGCUCUUGUCAGGAGAAGAAGGCGGCCUGGCGUCUGAGGCAGGCUGUCGGAGUCCUAGUCUCUCCUCCAUCCCACUGUACCGUGGUAGUAGGUUAGCCUGUACCCCAAGUAACUGUCUAUAUUAGACACCCCAGCCAGUUUCUGGCUCCCUGUCUUUGCUGCCGUGUUCUUUUUUACAAGAAGAAAAGAAACAAUUCUUGCUAUUUUUUUUUCAUAAUUUACUAUUUAUGACGUAUUUAAGUGUUUUAUUCAGGACAGAGUUCUGUAACUGGUGGGAGGGAAUAUUUGAGGGAGGGUCUUAGGGAAAGGAAUGGGGACUCAACGUUUUUAUGAAGUGUUACUAUUUGCCUCCACUUUGUAUUGUUCAGAAAUGGCAAAUGCAAUUUAAAAGUAAUAAAUAUCUGGUUUUAC